AUGGCUUUCGCGGGUUCUCUCAGGGUCUCCAGUGAUAAUCUCUGGAACGAAGCCGUCGCUACACUUGGAGAGGAAAUUACGUCUCAUAUCGACUUCGACCAGCAGAAGCAAGAAUCGCUAAACAAGCUGCUGGAGCUGACUGAAACGGCCAGGCGACAGUCGCUCGAUAAAGCCUGGUCCUUCACUCCGAAGAAUGGCGAGCAGGUCAUUGUCCGCGAUGUCUUGGCGAAAUUGGUCAAAUGGGUCAAUCACUUCAAGGAGGUGGGCGAUAUCGUCGUUCAGUACGAUCCGAUCCACGCCGCCCUGCCCUGGGCCGGUGUUCGGUUUCUGUUGAAUGUCGCCGUAGGGGACAUGAACACAUAUAGUAGCCUUGUCGAGAAAACCGCAUCCAUUGCCGAAUCCAUCUGCCGCAAUGCCCUUGUCGAAGAUAUUUUGAAAGGGUCCUCGUCAUCCACUGCAGAAGAGUUACGUCAUGCACUGGUCAAGUUAUACGCAAAGAUCCUGACCUAUCUUACCCAAGCAAGGACGUAUUACCGACAAAAUACUGUGAAACGCACUAUCAAACAUCGCAUCUCAAAUACGUCUCAUCUAGAGUCUUCCUUUAUAGCCAUUAGUGAAGCGCAAAAGGAUGUGGACCACUGCUGCAGAAUCUUCAAUUUACAAUCUCAGCUGGAAAUUCAGGUUAACCUCAAAAUGAUGCACGAGAAAUUCGACGCACCCAUCGUCCGCUGGACCAGCAGUCUUAUUGAUAUCAAAGACAAUCUCGACACGACAACGAAGGCCAAAAUUUUAGAUUGGAUCUCGGUCGAGCCUCAUGCCAAGCACCACAGGCAGACAAGGGACGACAUCCUUGAGGGCACAGGCCAAUGGCUUCUCGAGGACAAGACCUUCUCCAAGUGGAAGGAUGAGAGUGCUUCCUCCAUUCUCUGGCUGCACGGGAUUCCAGGUUCUGGUAAAAGCAAGUUAGCGUCCAUUGUGAUAGAGGACGCUAAGAGAGCAUUCCAACGGAAUCAGGGCCCUGCGCUGGCGUAUUUCUACUGUUCCCAAAACAGAGGAGAGCCUGGACGCUCCGAUCCGGCAAGAAUCACAGCUAGUAUUACUAGGCAACUUUCAAUGCCCAAACAGGGUGGCGCACUUAUCGAAGCAGCAAUCCAGGUCCAUGAAAAGCGGCAGGCAGAUGACGAGUUGUCUUCUCCGCUAACUCUAACCGAAAGCAAGAGCUUAAUUACCAGUCUUCUCGGCCAUUACAAAGACACAGCAGUAACAAUAGUGAUCGAUGCUCUAGACGAAUGCGACAAGACGACUCGAGGAGAUCUGGUAACCACGCUGGAAUACCUUCUGACGGAGUCUCCCUGCCUAUUGAAGAUCUUUGUCUCGAGCCGGGAUGAUCAAGAUAUCGUGUACAAGCUGUGUCGAUAUCCUACGUUAGACCUCUCCUCGAACCGUAACGCGGCAGAUAUAGACACAUUCGUACGGUGGAAGACAAGACGAUUGAUCGAGAACGGCAAAUUGCUGCGAGAUAGCGCAAAAAUGAAGGAACUGGAAGAGAAAAUUAACGACAAGCUCACGUCCAGUGUACAUGGAAUGUUCCGCUGGGCAAGCCUGCAAUUGGACGAGCUCUGUGAGCAGCAUACAGACAGUGCUAUCGAAGAAAGAAUCGGAAAAUUACCAAAAACUCUAGAGGAGCUCUACGAAGAGAUCCAUUCUAGAAUUGAGAAGUACGACAGCAAUGCGGACAGACAAUACGCUCAAAAUGCCCUGAGUUGGCUUCUUUGCUCGCGGAGGACGCUUAAAUCGGAGGAAUUGCUAGCAGCCGUGUGUAGCCGAGUCGGAUCACCAAUUCCGAAGGGGCAACUCUUGGAUCUGUGCUGCAACCUCGUCCUUUACGACUCCAACGUCAACACGUUUCGACUUUCGCAUUUUUCCGUCCGGGAAUUUCUCGAAAAAAAAACAAAUGAACUAGGCGAGUUCCUAUCAGGCGAAGAUAAUGCAAAAUCACGCUUUUCCGGUUGGAGCAGGAGUCUUAAACGUUUACGACGAUGUGUCGCCAUUUUGGAUUUGACAACCCGGCUAAAGUUUCAAGUCAUCAUGUCUGCACCUCCUUCUGCACUAUUAGUGGUUUGCGUGUUUGAUAUACAUAACCUGAUUGAUCAAGAACAUUGGGGAUCCCUAAAAAAGAAAUUGCCCAGGGUCUUGGAGAGCAUGUCAUACUCAGAACUGCUUGCUGAAUUUGGCAGUAUUCGGGUCCUUCGUUGGUGUCUAAAUAAUGAUACCGACUUCAAGAUCACAAGAAAACUUAUGAAAGCGGCAGCCGGGAACUAUGGGAUAGGUAAACACGUGAUGGCCCUUCUCCUCGAGAAGCGCGACAGCGAGAUCCAGAUCACCCAAGACGUCGUCAAGGCCGCAGCCGGGAACGAAGGGAGCGGUAAAGACGUGAUGGCCCUUCUCCCCGAGAAGCGCGGCAGCGAGAUCCAAAUCACCCAAGACGUCGUCAAGGCCGCAGCCAGGAAUCGACGAGAUCCAGAUCACCCAAGAUGUCGUCAAGGCCGCAGCCGGGAACGAAUGGAGCGGUAA